AUGGCAAGGCUUGUCUUCUCCCAUGCUUUGACCGUCCACAAGCUGGUAUUGCACCAAGCACCAAGCAUCAAGCAUCCAACAGUAGAAGAAACGAAGAAGAGAAGAGAAGAUGCUCUGUUACUCCUGCUUCCAUCACUUCGCUGCCGUCGACCAGCAGGAGCAGCACCAAAGACCAGCCAGAAGCCUUCUUCUCUUAUUCUCUUCUUCUCUUCUUCUUUUCUCUCUUCUUCUUAUUAUUAUCCUUUCGUCUUCAUCUCUCGUCUCUACCCCAGACUUCAAAUCCACUGCAGGGAGGCCCCGGUCUAUAGCGAGACAUCCUUGUCCGUCACUUGUCAUUCUACAUCGAGUCAGCCAGAGUAA